AUGCCAGGCCAGCAGGAGCGAGAGCGUCCAGAGAGGCUCCUCCGGCAUCGAGUGCAUGCAGAACGAAAGAUGGCUCGGCGAGAGAAACAGCAGCACAGAGGCGAGACGAAAGGAAACAGCGCGGAAGCGCUUGUCUCACUCUUCGCCAUCAGCGAAAAGGCGCCAGGAAGAAGCAGCAUCUACGCGUCUGGGGACUUUGCGCGAACCCCCGCGCGCAGUGUCUCUCGGGUGUCUGGACACCCGAGACUGUGUGUGUGUGUUGGCGCCGUCCGCGCCUCUCGUCUCUGCUGCUCGCGAACUCCGGAGAAAACUUUGCAGAAACAGGUGGAGGAACUUCCUCAAGGAUCUCUCGGCCUUCCAGGACUCGCCAGACGGUCGCUGAGGCGCUUCUUCUGUGCCCUGAAGAGAAACGCACGCAGUUUUAAAGCCAGUCUUCUCACGUCUGCCAGUUUCGCUCCCGCGCGUCGUCGGCUUUCGCAAUCCUGCCGUCAGUGUGUCUCGGUCGUCGGCCGCGGCGCUGGCUUGGGAGGCUCGGCAGCAGAGAAGCUUCAGCGGCUUCGCGAGAACGUCCUCGGCCUGCGAUUCUCCGCAACUCCUUUCGAAGGUCUUCUCUUUGGUUUCGGCUUGCGAAUCGGUCUCUCUUCCUUGGCACCCCACGGCUUUUGUAUGCCGCCCAAGAAGAAGGCUCUCUUGAAAGUCAUCAUCCUCGGGGACAGCGGGGUAGGCAAGACCUCGCUGAUGAACCAGUAUGUUAACAAGAAAUUUUCGAACCAGUACAAAGCAACGAUUGGCGCGGACUUCCUCACCAAGGAUGUCGUCAUCGACGACAAGGAGGUGACGGUGCAGAUCUGGGAUACUGCUGGCCAAGAGAGAUUUCAGAGUCUGGGGGUCGCCUUCUACCGCGGCGCAGACUGCUGCGUCCUCGUUUUCGACGUGACGAAUCCCAAGUCUUUCGAGAGUCUUCAGUCCUGGAAAGAAGAAUUUCUGAUCCAGUCCUCUCCGUCGGACCCGGACUCCUUCCCCUUCGUCGUCGUUGGCAACAAAGUCGAUGAACGAGAGAAGCGCCGAGUGUCAUCGAGCAAAGCAGAGGCUUUCUGUCGUCAGAGCGGAAACGACAUUCCCUACUUUGAGACAAGUGCGAAGACAGCGACGAACGUCCACCUCGCUUUCGAGGAAAUUGCCAAGCGUGCGAUGCUUCAAGAAAAACAACAAGAACAAAUUUACCUCCCGGAGACACUCACGCUCUCGAACGCGGACAUCCGGCCGGCGCCCAUCGACAGCAGCGGCGGCUGCUGCUGAGGCGCACUGAGAGAAGGCAACGGCGUCUAGCGCAACGAAGGCUUCUUUGUCUCUGCAUGUCAGUCUACGCUCGGGUGUGCCCACAUGCAUAUAUAUUUGUUUGUCGAUGCGUUGUGGGUGUCGGGGACUGUACCUAGAAACAAACAGGGGAGGAGAGAGAAAGUGAAGGCUCUGUUCGUUUUUGUGGCGAGCUUCGAUGCUCGUAGGGCGCCCCCCCGCCGAGGGGAAGUUGCCUGCAUGCACGCGCGUCUCUCCGCGGAGAGACGCCCGUGACGGGAGGGGCAGUCAGGAAAAACAGACUUUUUCAGUUCUUUGUCGCGUCGGCCGUUCGGCUGUCAAACAGUGUGUGUGUCAAGAAACGCUCCGUUGGCAUUCCUGCCUUCUCUGUCAACUCCUGCGCCUAGGA